UACAACCCUAAACACUCUUCCACCCCAGAACUCCAACAGAAAAACCUCUCCCAUGGAACACCAUCAAAAGACCAGCUCUAGAGAAAUUUUCUCCUUUCCUAGUACCCCAAGCACUCAGGAUCAAGAUCAAGAUCAAGACCAAGAUUUCGAAUUCGGAGGUUUAACUCCGGAUCAUUCUCCUUACAAGAAUUCUCCAGCUGAUCAUCUUUUCUACAAUGGUCGGCUCUUGCCUCAUUCAUUUCCACUUCAGCAGCAGCAGCAGCAGCAGCAACUGUCAAUAGCAGCCAUGUCUUUUAGCAGCAAUAUCUCACGCACAACGAGCAGAGCAAGCAGCAAGGAUUCUCUCAUGUCAUCGAGAAGCAAUAGCGUUAACAGCAGUAGAAGCAGCGUCAGUUGCAGCAGCGCAAGAACAAGUUCAAGUGACAGUUCCGAAAGAAGAUUACUGUAUCAUACUAGAAAAGCUGGAAGCUGUAGAUCAUCAUCAUCAUCAUCAACUCCUAUGGCUAGUAAAGUUGUUAUGGCACAACUAUAUGGGUCUUCUCAAAGAUGGCAACAUAUCAUGCCUGGAGUCCCACCUGUCCUGAAACGUGAGGAUUCCAGGAGAAAAAUUACUAAUAAUAAUAAUAAUAAUAAUAAUAACAAUAAUGGUGGAGUAUUGGGAAAGCAAGGGUUUGGUAGCAAGAAAGAAGGUGAUCAAGAAAAGAGAAAAGACAAGUCAUCAUCUGGGGUUUGCUUGAGAUUUCUCAGGUCAAUUUUGGUGGCAUGUAGGGAAUGCCAUGCCAUGGAAUCAUCUCUAAAUGAUGAUAUCUUGCAAGAACGCAUCAAGGUAUAAUUAUUUUGGACAGGGGCAGUUUUUUUCCUUGUUUUAUUACAUCGGAUCAACAGGAGAGGCCGUAAAGAAUCGAACCCUUUAUUUCUUUUUUUCUAUAGAUACUCGAUCAUUGUAUAAUUUUUUUUGAUUUUUUUGAGUAAUUAAUUUUAUCUCUUUUUACUCAAAGUGUGAAUUCUAACUUGAUCUUUAAAAAGAAUGCAUUCAAGAUGUUUUAUAUAUAUA